AUGUGCCUGCGUGUAAAUUUUCAACGCCUUUCCUCCUUCCUUAUUCACUACAAAAUGACAAGGGGGAGAGUCGCCAAUCUGCUCUUCCUCCUUGCAGUGUUGGCAUUUCUGCUACGAACUAUGGGGGCUUCGAUCGGAAUGGAAAAUGACGCAGAAGAAGAAAAAGAACUCCACCUGUCAAGGACAAAAGAUGCCUACAGCUUUUUGGAGGCUUCCUUAAACGCUCUGGAAGUUAACAAACCCCCUUCUCCAUACGAAAAAGUUAAGAGGAACAUAUCACACGCACAAAUGGGUUACAUUCACCAUGAGAUGAUUAAAAAAUUGAAAAAUGAAAAGUUAAAUAACAUCACCAAUAUUAGAAAUGUCAUCAGUAGGUGUGUCUCCGACUCGAUCCAACACACCAUGAGGGCCAUAACAAGUAUCCUGGAGGAAGUUCUAAGUUACAACGAAUUCUGUACAUCCCUCGAUGAGCAUUUUUCAUACCUAUACGACGCGAACAUUACAUUCAAAAAAAUCGUAAAGUCCUGCAGAACAGUAACGGAAGAUAAGCUGAGGGGAAAUUAUUUAUCUCAAUAUGUAGAGGAUUUUAAAUUAAUUUUACAAGCGUUAAAAAGCCCACACAUUUCAUUUCACGAUUUUGAUGAUAUCUCAAAAUGCAUGGCUAAAUUUUACCAAUCAUUUAUUUCUCCCUUUCAAGUGUAUGUCCCUGAGACAUCAUUUUAUAGGAAAUUUGUUGAAGUGUACGCAAAUGUAAAGGGUCUUCAAAAAAUAGAAAAUUUCGUUAAAGAGUUUCUUAAAACUUUCCACGCAGCUAUGUCUACGGAAGAAAUCACUCUCUUCUUUGACGAACUAUUCAGCAUAUAUACACGUUCUUCUUCGCAGGGUAGGUGCUUAUAUCAACAAAAAUGA